UUGUGGGAGACAGGUGUAGAAGCAUUUGACAUCUCAAAAAAGCAAAACUUUUAAUUAAGGGAAGCUUUGAUGUGGACAAUCAAUGACUUUCCAGCAUAUUCUAUGUUAUCAGGAUGGAGUACAGGUGGCAACUUAGCAUGUCCUUAUUGUAUGGAGGAAACACAAUCAUUCAGAUUAAAACAUGGUGGGAAAACAACUUGGUUUGAUAGUCAUAGAAUGUUUCUUGAUCAAAAUCAUCCAUUUAGGAGAGAUCGUAAAAACUUUCUUAAAGGUCAUACUGUUACAAGGCCACCACCUACCGUUAGAAUAGGAGAAGAAAUUUUGAAUCAAAUUUGUGAGUUGGGGAUAAGAAAAGUAACUGAGUUAGAUGCACAAGAAGUUAAUAAGAGGAUAUGUAAUUCAUGCGGAUGGAAAAAACGAAGCAUCUUUUGGGAUUUGCCUUAUUGGAGUUCUAACUUCAUACGACAUAAUCUUGAUGUCAUGCAUAUUGAGAAGAAUGUCUUUGAUAAUGUGUUUAACACUGUUCUUAAUGUUGUUGGCAAAACCAAAGACAAUCUGAAAGCACGUCUAGAUAUUGCAAAAUAUUGCGAUCGACCACAGUUAGCAAGGAAUCCUGAUGGAAGCUAUCCCAAAGCUGCAUAUACAAUAGAAAAGAAUGAAAAAGUUGUCUUGUUCGAUUGGUUGGAAGGUGUGAAGUUUCCAGAUGGGUAUGCUUCGAAUAUGAGUCGAUGCAUGGACACGGACAAAUUUAAGUUAUUUGGCAUGAAAAGUCAUGAUUGUCAUGUGUUCAUGCAACGACUAUUGCCAAUUGCCUUUCGUGAGCUACUUCCUAGUAAUGUGUGGCAGGCACUUACAGAGUUGAGUUUGUUUUUUAAAGAUCUUACUUCAACUGUUCUUUGAGUGGUGGACUUGGAGAGAUUAGAGGUACACAUCCCACAUAUCUUGUGUAAGUUAGAACGCAUAUUCCCCCCGGGUUUCUUUAACUCAAUGGAACAUUUACCCGUGCACCUGCCAUAUGAAGCACGGAUUGCUGGACCUGUACAAUACAGAUGGAUGUACCCUUUUGAGAGGUACCUUCGAACUCUUAAAAACAUGAUUGGGAACAAAGCUAGUGUUGAGGGUUCCAUUUGUGAAGCAUACUUGAUGGCGGAGUCAACACAAUUGUUUUCUCAUUAUUUUGAACCUCAUGUUAUCGCACGUCAUCAAAAUGUGGCCCGUAACAAUGAUGGUGGUGUUGUAGAAGAUAUUGAAGGAAAUGUUUCAAUAUUCACUCAUCCAUGCAAACUAUCGGGAGAAGAAAAAAAGAGAGAUUUGUCCCUUGAAGAAAUCAAGACAGCCCAAACUUAUAUUUUACUAAAUACUAAAGAGGUUGAUCCA